UGUGGAAUGUUGGAAUUUAGAAUGACAUAAUGACAUAAUCAGAAAUUUUUGAAAAAUAAUAAAUUUUUUGGUGAUGUCGAAAUCAGUAAAUAUGUGGAAGAGCCUUUUGUCCAAAAAUAGAAGUACCACUGGUGUGGUAGCUAGAUGUAUGUCUGAUUGGGUCCCACAAGAAAAAGUUACUCAUACGGGGCAGAAAUGGGAAGCAAAUGAUUAUAGAUUAGCACGAUUCGUGGAUAGGCCGAAGCAUGUAAAUCCAAAUUUUGCAAUUAAUCUUAUAGCAGAAGUUCCUCCAAAGGCAUGUAAAGAACGAGUAGUGUGGUGUGAUGGUGGCAGUGGUCCAGAGGGUCAUCCAAAAGUCUAUAUAAAUUUGGACAAACCAGGAAACCAUUCUUGUGGAUAUUGUGGAUUACGAUUUUAUAAAGAAGAUCAUCAUUAACAAAUUGUUACUGAAUAUGUAGAUAAGAAUUAUAAUUAGCGUAAAUAUAUAUUAAAAGUAAAUUAACAUUAAAGUUUAUUGAUUAUUUUAA